AUGUCUGCCGAAGACCCGCCGUCAGCGACGCUGUCUUCAGUCGUCCGGGAGGAACGUGACCUGCUGGCUCCCUCGCUGACUGACCAGGACAUGUUCUUCCUCAUUCUGACCGGAAUCCUAAUAUUCAUGUUGCAGACGGGGUUCACGUUGCUUGAGGCAGGAUACGUAAGGUCCAAGAACACUGCCAACAUUCUUUUCAAGAACUUACACAUUAUUGUCAUAAGUGCCAUAGCGUACUUGCUGGUAGGGUUCCAGCUGGCAUUUGGAAGAGGAAACAGCUUCUCUGGCAUGGGCGAUUGGACAUACGGGCUGGCGGACGAGCGCCUGGUCUUUUGGUUGUUCCAGUUCGCGUUCGCUGCCACAGCUGCCACCAUAGUCUCCGGGUCGAUGGCUGAGCGGUGUGUCUUCAACGCCUACCUCAUCUGCUCCGUCAUGCUGUCUGGUGUGGUGUACCCUGUGGUGUCACACUGGACCUGGUCAGACGUUGGCUGGCUCAAGACUCAACACUACCAGGACUUCGGUGGCUCCGGCGUCGUCCACCUCACAGGGGGCGUUGCAGCUCUUGUUGGGGCUGUAAUUCUUGGACCCAGAAUCGGUCGCUUCGGACCCAAGGGCAAGGAGAUACGUGGACACUCUGUGCCG